UAUUGUUCUUCUUUAUCAGAUGUGAUGAGUGAGGACCCCUGUGAGAGAAAUGUAAUUGGCGCUGUGGGAGGAGCUGUCACUCUACAAGUCAACUACACUGGGGUCAGAAAAUUACUUGGACUUUUGAAAAAAAUCAGUGCUGCUAUCGCCACAACAAAACCAGGAGAACCAAUUGAGAUUGACCAUAGAGAGUAUAAAGGAAGACUGAGCAGCACAUCUAAUGGAUCCUUAAUCAUAACUGAGCCGAGACUGGAAGAUCGGGGGACCUACCGGGCACAAAUCAACACUGGUGAAGAGAUACCGACCUGCAGAUACCAUCUCACAGUGUUCAGAAACUUAACGGCUGAGGAUGUCGUCAUCACAUCCAAUGUCACCGAUAAUAAGACGUGUGAGGUCAUCUUGACGUGUUCAGUAAAUAGCAGCAAUGUGACCGUCACCUGGACGUGUUUAAACAGCACUGACAUUAAUGAUACGCAGGGCGUUGUGGUUGUACCGCCAAGUCAUGUCAACUUCACCUAUGUAUGUACAGCACAAAAUCCCGUCAGUAACGUCUCGAAACAUGUCCUCCCCUGGGGACUACUGCCGAGAAGGUAGCUAAAGUGAAUGUAUCUCCGCAGCGAGACAUGAUCGGCCUCUAUGUUUCGAUUGGGAUCUUUUCUUUUAUCUUUCUUAUAAUUGUUGUUGUUGUGAUUUGCCGAAGAAGCAAAGAAGAAGACCCUUUGGAUUUCAAUGUGGUGCAGAAUCUGGAAAAAGGAAGAAAAAAGAACAAUGUGAAAGGCAAAGAGGAAUUUGAUCCAAUGUGUUUGUCUCCCACGGUCUACAGUCAAGUUCAACAUCCUCAGCCUACACCAAGGAGAAAGAAAGGGACUGCAGGAAUGAGCAAGGAUCCUCAAGCAACAGAACCUCAAGAGUCCCAAUCCAACGAAACCCUCGCCAACACUUUAUACAGCACAGUUCAGCAUGUGAAGCAUAAGAACAGCCAAACGCUACAAGAUGCUCGAGGCAAUGGGAAUCCUUCAAAAGCUUCACCGAAACCCCCCCUUAAAGUGUUGGAUCCAUCCAAGCAAAAGAACAACCAAGUGAUUCAACCUAGUCCAGGCAAUGGAAAUCCUUUGAAAGCUUCACCGAAACCCCCCCACAAAGUGUCGGAGCCACCUAAGGGCAGAAAUGACCAAAGGACUUCGUCUCAAGGAGCCAAUGGGGAUCUUCCAAGUCAUCCAGUGGAAUCGUGUUAUGCACAGGUGCAACCAAACAUGGACAAAAAUGACCAACCGUCUCCAUCGGAAGGACCCAAUGAGAAUUGUUCAAAGUCUCCAGUGGAAUCGUUUUAUGCACAGGUUCAACCACCCAAGGAUGAAAAGGACCAAAAGAUCCCACCUAUCCCAGCCAAUGGGAAUCCAUCAAAAGCUGCACGAAAAUCACCUCGCAAAGUGUCGGAGCCAUCCAAGGACAAAAAAGAUCAAAAGUCCCCAACGGGAGGACCCAAAGGGAAUUGUUCAAAUUCUCCAAUGGAAACGUUUUAUGAAGAGGUUCGACAUCCGACGGGCAAAAAUGACCAAAAGUCUCCAUCUGGAGGACCCAAAGGGGAUUGUUCAACGUCUCCGGCGGAAUCGCUUUAUGAAAAGGUUCAACCACCAAAGCCCCAGGAACCAGCGAAGAAUUUGCCUGAUAAUCAGUACAUGCUACGUUUA